AUGGCAUCAGGAUCUAAUCAUACUACCGGUGGUCUUGACAAACUUCUCCACCAUAAACAUCACGAUGAACAUCAAGACGGUGAAAAUGGGGCACACUCUGGAGAUCACCAUGGCGAGGCUUCUGGCUCAACUCACCCCAAAAAAGAAAGUAAGAUCAAAGAUUUUGAAGACGCGUUAAAAAGAGAAGAGACCAAGAUUAAAAGAUACCUCGAGAGGGAUGAGGAGCUUAAAGAGGAAGAUAGGGCAUAUGGAGGUUUAUUGUAG